AUGGAGGAUUCCACGCUUGUCGAAGACUAUGAGAGGAAACUUCAAGGCAAUGUGUCUACCGCCUUAAUACUGCCAUUGGGUGUUAAGGAAAAUGUGCGAGAGCAGAUGGACAUCAUAUUGAGGAAGAAGAUGGAUGAAGUUACUCAAACCGCUUGGAAACUCAAGUUUGGCGGCGCAGAGAUCCACAUGAGGGAUCUCUUGCCACCUAUCCUAGCCAUCAUUAGUCACGCAAACGACUACAUCACCGCAUCUCUAAGAACUAAUAUGUAUGCAUCAAUUGCAUGGGCUGGUGUAAGCUUACUAUUGCCUCUUUUCCUUCGCCCAAGCACACAAGCAGCAUCUCUUUUAAAAGGCUUGGAGAGCAUUUCUUCGCUCAUCGUGCAGAGUCGUAUGCGGGAAGAGCUGUAUCAUCGGCGUUAUAAGUCUCGUGGCUCAAUCGGCGGUUUUGAAUUACUUCACGAUGAUUACAAGAAAGUUUUGGAAGCGCUGUACAGAGAAAUUUUACGCUUUCAGAUGACAAGUUAUUGCUAUUAUGCUAAUAAUGGAGCAUUUCGUCUUGGUCUUGAUAUCAUUAAGUGGAAUGAUUGGGAUGCUCUCAUGGACAAGGUGCGUCGACAUGAGGAAAUAAUGCAGAAUUGGGGAACAACCAAUAUCUCCAUUUCUAGCCUCCAGAAAGUCAUACAAGAUGCCAAUGAACAAAGAGGUCGCCAAGACCUACUGAGCUGGCUAUCCAAUGCGGAUCCAACAUUAUUUUACAAUACUAACCGCGAUAUGCACGAGAAUGGCACGGGUGAAUGGUUACUGCAGGAGAGCCCAAAGUUCAGAGCGUGGAAAGAUAGCUCUGGUUCUUUUCUAUGGAUUCAUGGUAAAGCCGGUUGUGGGAAAUCGGUUUUAAGUUCAACGGUCAUUAAAUACUUGGAGACUCGACGCAUUCAAAGUCCAACUGUUGCCGUGGCUUACUUUUACUUCAGUUUUACUCUUUCAAAAGAGCAUAACGUGAAUACAAUGCUAUCAUCACUCAUCAAGCAAAUAUGUUGCUGUCGACCAGAUAUACCAGAAGCAGCCCAGAAACUAGGCGAAUUUAAGACCAAAGGUGGCCAACCGGACACUGAAAGACUUGAAGAAGUACUGCUAUCAAGUGUGUACGGAUUUUCGGCUGUUUACAUUAUUAUCGAUGGGCUGGAUGAAUGCGCCAAACUCGGUGGACAUCGAAAAAAGUUACUGAAGUCCCUACGCAGCAUUUUAACGAAUGCGCCGGAUAAUCUCCAUAUACUGUGCACAAGCCGCAACGAGCCAGAUAUUCGGACCGGACUAUCACCUGCGCUCUCUGCGCCCACAAGAAUCGAACUUGAUCUACAGUCUCAACGAAAUAUGAUUGACCAUGAUAUUGGAAGAUACGUGGAUUCUACUCUCUCGUCAGAUGAAGAAUAUAAGUCUUGGCCGGAGAAAGUUAAGGUUCAAGCAAGAAAAGUUCUCAUAGAAAAGUCGGAUGGCAUGUUCCAAUACGUCCGUUAUCAGUUCGAAGCACUACGGGGAUUAAAUUCGAUGUUCAGAGUUAACGAGGCCCUGCAGAAUCUCCCUACCGGCCUUGAUGAGACAUAUAACCGAAUGUUUCAGAACAUACACUCCAAUUUUCGCCAGGAAGUUAUAAGUCUGUUGAAGUGGCUCUGCUUUUCAAACGAAAUCUUAACCCUUGAUAUGCUUGCAGACAUCUUUAUUUUACGUCCAGAUUGUGAUGCUGUUCUGACAGUUGAAGAUCAGCUGUUUUCUUCUGACGACGUCCUGAAAUACCUUUCAGGACUCGUUAUCACAUACAAGGUCAAGCCUGAUGAUCAACGAGGUUAUAACCAGGAAAAAGACGCCUUUUAUCAUGACUACUCUUAUUCGCCAGGAGAGGUGAAAGUUCGCCUAGCGCACUUUUCUAUCAAAGAAUAUUUAACAUCUGAUCGAAUGCGCGAAGGGUUUAUGUCAGAUUUUUCAUUCACAGAUAUCGACGCCCACCUUUGGAUUGCACACUCUGGUGCAAACCGGUAUCGAACGCAAGAAGAUCUGGACUUGGCACUCCAAGAUGCAGCACUUGGGGGAAAUAAAGCAAUCGUGGAGAAGCUACUACACGAGGGUGCCAACGUAAACGCAAAAGGGAAGCCAUUCGGUAAUGCGCUAUUAGCCGCAGCAUCCAAAGGGCAUCUUGCUAUCGUGAACCUCCUCCUAGAUAAGGGGGCUGAUAUCGAAGCAGAAGGUUCAAGUAUUAGCGAUUGGGAUCGGACGUUAAGACUAUCGACACCUUUACAACUUGCAGGACGAAAUGGUCAGCUUGCUGAUGUCAAUAUCGUUGACUGUAAUGCAUCUGCGCUUUAUGAAGCAGCAAGCCGCGGAUACUGGGAUGAAUUUGACUUGUUGCUCGACAAGGGCGCAGACGUCAAUCUCCCUGGAAAAUUGGGGUAUCCCCUUCACGGAUUGAUGUCACUAAAUAUGCUUGUGCAUAAGAGAAGACCAUUAGACCGUGUCCUGGAGCGGAUGAAACGUCUACUUGAUCUUGGCGCGGACCCGAAUGCCUCAACUGAGACAUCUGGUACCCCUUUGUACCGGGCAUGUACGAACAAUCUCUUUAUAGAUUACGGAUACAUGACUCCAAUAGCCUUAUUUCUUAUCGAAAGAGGGGCAGAUGUGAAUAUUUUCAGAGAAAAGUAUGGAAAUUUGUUUCAAGCAGACGAGGUUUUCUUCGGCCAAUCCGCGAUGGAGUUACUCUUGGAAAAUGGCGCUGAUAUAAGCACCUGGGCUCAAGUAGGGGAAUGUGGAAGUGUUCUUCAUACUGCUUGCUAUGAGAGGGAUUUACCUCUCGUCGAGCUGUUGCUUGAUCAUGGAGCUGAUGUCCACAGCAGAUGUGGUGUGUUUGAUUCCAUAUUGCAAGCGGCGUGUGGACAUCCUCGGAGGGUACCUGACGUUCAAAUAUUGAAGCUCUUGCUUGACUGCGGCGUCGACAUCAACGCACAAGGUGGGAAAUACGGCACGGCGUUGCAAGCAGCGUGCUUUUGCGGAAAGGGGACCCCCAAUGAUACUACAAAGCGUGUUGCUAUUGUACAAUUUUUGCUGGACCAUGGCGCUGAGGUGAAUCUUGAAGGUGGUGAAUAUGGAACUGCACUACAGGCGGCUUGUGCAACCAGCAGUGGUGGUUUCGAUACAAUUCAGCUCCUGCUCGACCUGGGAGCUGAUGUCAACCUUGCAGGUGGCAAAUAUGGUCUUCCACUCCAAGCAGCAUGCGCAGUGGAACCACAAGUUCUAGAUGAUUAUCGCGCACCUCCUGCAUAUACUAAUCUUGAUUCUUUAGCCCACGGGGCAAUGACUCUCCUCACUGCCAACAGUUGUCAAAGUAUUGAUGUUAAUGCCCAGGGCGGAAUUUUUGGCACAGCUUUGCAAGCAGCGGCAUAUUCUGGUCAGACGAGGUCGGUUCGCAUGCUAUUAGAAAGGGGAGCACAGAUAAGCAUAUGGGGGGGUAAGUAUAGAAAUGCUUUGAACGCAGCAGUUAUCAGAGGUCACUGGGAUAUUGUGGAUAUCUUGCUCGAAAAGGGAAGAGAGCAAAGCUGCCAGUUUAUUGAGAAUGGAGAUGAGGCCUGGCUUGGGCAAAUUCGACAGGAGCAUGGCGAAGGUGCUGUGCAGAGGUGGGAGGCAUUUUGGAAAGUACAUGGGAAUAGAAUUGUAUAG